AAACCUUCCAUUUUCCUCUUGCACGCCCGCACUAACAUUUACCGUUACGUUACUAUUCAUCAUCCUCUCUUCUCUCCUUUGUUUCCUUCAGUCUUUCUUUCUCCUUCACCGUUCUUCUCUUCAAUAGGUGAAAAUCAGGGCUCCCAGAUUUCCUAUUGUAAGAGAUCAAAAGAGGAAGACAAGUGACUCAUCAUCGAGCGUACCUAACUUUGACAGUGACCAAUUUCGCUCUAAGAAGUGUGAAGAGUAUUAUGUGACUACGCGUAAACGAGGAAUGCUUCUGAGGGUGAAGCCAAAUUGGAGGCGUCUUAGGGCUCAAAACCAAAAGCCUGAUACAGAUAUGCAAAAUUGGGAUUCUAUUCCCCAUGAAAUGGAAGUCUUGUGUCGCAAGUGUCAGGUUGGUAUGGAGAAUGACCAGAGAAUAGAAGAUCUUUUGAGAAAUUUGUGGCAAGCGCUCAACCUCAAUGUCAUACCGAUGAGAAAAAGGACAGCGGAGGAAGUUGAUGAGUUUGUUGACUGGAGACCAUUUGAAGGGGAAUAUGAAAGUGAAGGGAGUCAAGAAGAUGAUGAUUCAGAAGAGGAAGAUCAAAGUGAAGAAUACGAGACGAAAAAGGCUCAUAUUUUCCAUAACCGAGAAGCCCUGCUAAGAUUUGGACAAGUGUAUACAGAGAGUAGACAGAGAUUGAAAGACAUCUCAAGACAGAUGUAUGAAGGCCUUCGCCGCAACGACCCGCCCAUAACUGACAUGAAAGAUGAGGAAAUUGCUUGGAUGGUGAACUGGAUGGAGACCUUCUCCAAAACAUUCUUCAAUACCUAAACAAAGGGAAACGAGAAGAUUAGAGUAAGACUACUGAGACUGAGAAAGUGGUUUAUGAUAUGGGUGACUUGGAUUAGAAUCCACAUUUUGUUUUUUGGCUUUUUAACUCUUUUGUUUGAUUAUGCUUAUUAUUUUUUUUUUGUGUGAAUGUUGAUUAGGAUCUAAUGUAGCAUUGCUUAUCAUCUUAACUCCCUUUUAAUCAAAAUAAACCUUAUGAAAUCAAUUCAUUCUAAAUCAAUUUAAUCAAAGAC